AAAAUAAAAAAGAUAAAGAGAAGAAAUAACAAAAUUCUCAAUUUCUUUCAAACUGAAACCUUUCCCCUUUUUCUCUUUUUAUCAUCAUUUUCCAUUUCUUCACUCCAUGGUUUCUUUCUUUCCUUUCCCAAGGUAGAUGCUAAAACUAUCGAACCCCAAGAAGUAGUUGAGCUGAAUGGCAACAACUAGAUCAAAAGAAAGCGGUGGUUUGGGGAAGGAGAGAAGGAUCACACCUCCAAGUUCUGUCACCAUUCCUAACAAUACUCCAACUAAAAGAACUCCAAAAUCAUCUCCUAGAGGUUUUAUCUCUUCCACUGAUCCAAAAGUUCCUUCUUUUUCUUCUUCUUCUCCUUCUCCUUCCUCUGCUCCUACUUCUCUUUCUAUUCUUCCCGAAAAACCCGUCCCAAAUUAUCUCAAAUCAACAGCCAGCUCCCGCAAUGACCAUAACUUCAAGCCAAUAACCAGGAGUAAGUCUGGCCCUGCACCUAUACCUGAGGGCAAACCUAGUUUGAAUAGAAGAAGAUCUUUUGACAAACCUCCCCCGACCGCACCACGUUUGGAGAAGCCGUUUCGUUCGCCUGGACCGAGGAAUAGGGCUACGCAUGUUCCUGUCCGGUCUUCCUCUUUUGGGGCUAAACCUUCCACCAGCACCACUAUAAUUGGCCAUUCUACAAAGCCUGGUUUUUUGGAGAGAUCAUCUUCUAAAAUUUCUAAGGUGGGAGGGAAACCACAACCACCAAUUCAGAGUUUAAAAACUAGUAGUAGUCAUGUAAAGAAAAGCUUGAGGAGAGAAUCUAGCAAUGUUGCUGCUUCUGCUUCUGCUUCUGCUUCAGCUGAAAUAGUUCCGAAGACUAAGAAUGCUGUUGAACAUGUAGAUCAGAGUCCUUCUUUCGUUCUCGGUGUUAAUGAGGAGGAUUUGAAAAAGAUCGAGUGCGAACUCGAUCCGUAUCUUCCUGAUCCAAUGCCUGAAUUGGACAAACAAGUUAGAAUUGAUCAGGUGGAAAAGAAGGCAGCUUUGGAUAAAGAUGAGACUGACACAGAGAUCUUGAAAGUAGUAGUUACUAAUAAAGAGGUGGAAGAAAAAGAAACUCCAGGGACAGCUGAGACUGAAAUUUCAUUAGCGAAUCGAGAACAAAACGAAGGGGAAGAAGAAGAACCAAAAGAAGAGGACAAACCAAAGAGAAUUGGAGUGGAAAAAGAGGAGGUUCUUGCAUUAGAGGAAAGCAUAAACAACAAGAAUGAUCAAGAGAAGAGUGAGACAGAUUCUGUUUUAGAUGGGGAGAGUUGCAAGGAAGAAAAUGAUCAAAACAGUACACCAAAAGCAGCAGAGACAACAGAGAAAGAAGCCGAAUCGACUGAGAAAACGGCGAAACCACGACAAGGAGCACCAGGAAGAAAAGAAUCACCAGCAGUGUACAAUCAUGUAAUAGAGGAGACAGCAAGUAAGCUUUUGGAAAAGAGGAAGAACAAGGUAAGAGCAUUGGCUGGGGCAUUUCAGACAGUCAUUGAUUAUGAAUCUUCAUCUAAAUGAAUGAUUCAUAAAAUGCCCCCAAUUGAUUUCACAUUCUCCAUUGAUUAAUUUAACUUACCCAAAAAAAGAAAAAAAAUAAGAACAGAAAGGAAACUCAUUCUGGAAUUUUUAACGGUAUAAGUUCAUUUAUACACAAAAAUAUGUAGGGUUGAGGUUUUUGUUCUUCUUGGUGGUGGGGUUUUUCUUAAUCCUUCUUUCUUUUUCUGAAUUUCUUGUCUUACAUGUAUAAUAAAAUGACACAAUUUGGGAGAGAAGAUUGUAUAAGUUUGUUGUUGAUUGUUUGUUUCAUUUUUCUUCGAUAAUGGAUACUUAAUUAAAUAUUUGAUGUCA